CAAACAAGAAAGAAAACAAAAAUGGAAAACGCUUCGACCGUGAGAUUCUCUAGCUGUCGAGGAGUAGCGUUUGAGAUUAAACCUCAUGUGAACCCUUUCGCUAUCGAUAAUACAACUGAUCGAAACCGCAACGCAAACGAUGAACGCGAGGAAACGAGCAGCAGAUUUCGACUUCCAUGGGAUUUCAUGAGAAACGCCUCAAAGGUUUUCCCUUCAUCGAUUCAACACUCCAUGAGCCGAGCAAGUAGCCAUUUCUGCGAUUUGGACUCUGACUACGACGAAGAAGAAGAUGCCAAAGACGAUAUUUACUACUUAGAAGAAGGUGGAAUCAGUGAAGGAGACGAACAUCACAGUGAGACGGACGAAAAGGCAAUCCUUGCUUCUUCCGCAAGCAAACACAGCGAGAAACUGUCGCAACCACCGAUUCCAAAGAAACGCGCUUCACGACUAUCCAUCAUACUUCUCGAUCAAGGACUGUUCACCGUUUACAAACGCCUCUUUAUCGUUUCAUUGUUCCUAAACGUCGUAGCUCUCGUUCUCGCAGCCACUGGAAAUUUCGCUUACGCUAGAAACAGAGCGUCUCUGUUUUCAAUCGCCAACAUUCUCGCCCUAACUCUCUGCAGAAGCGAAGCCUUCUUGAGACUCGUCUUUUACCUAACUGUAAGCCUCCUUGGACGCUCCUUUGUCCCUCUCCGCAUCAAAACCGCGGUCACAUCGCUCUUACAAAGCCUCGGCGGUAUCCACAGCGGUUGCGGCGUUUCCUCAGUCGCUUGGCUCAUCUACUCAUUAGUGCUCACUCUUAAAGACAGAGACAACACGUCAACAGCGAUCAUAGCGGUUGCGUCCGCGAUUCUCUCUCUCCUCUGCCUCACUUCUGCGGCCGCGUUCCCUCUCGUUCGCCAUCUACACCACAACGUCUUUGAACGUGUCCACAGAUUCGCAGGCUGGUCUGCUUUAGGCCUUGUUUGGGCGUUUAUAGUUCUGACGAUUUCCUACGAUCCAAUAUCAAGAACCUACACCGAUAAUCUCGGCUCGAAGCUGAUCAAAACGCAAGAGUUUUGGUUUACGUUAGCGAUUACCAUCGCGAUUUUGCUCCCUUGGUUAACAGUGAGACGCGUUCCCGUUGACAGGAGGCGUGAAAUCAGGGAUUUUAGGUCGGAUCAGUCCAUCUCCGUUGUCGGAAUGGCACGCUUUUUUGGGAUCAUCUCUGAUGGGCAGACAUCGCACAUGAUGCUAGCUGGAGCUGUCGGCGACUUCACCAAGUCCUUAGUUUCAAAGCCUCCGACACACUUAUGGGUCCGUACGGUUCACUUCGCCGGUUUACCAUAUCUCGUUAACUUGUAUGACAAGGUAUUACUUGUGGCCACCGGUUCGGGGAUUUGCGUAUUUUUAUCGUUUCUCUUGCAGCAAAGUAAGGCCGAGGUAUAUCUGAUAUGGGUGGCUAAAGGAUUAGAUGAUAAUUUCGGGUCAGAAAUCGUUAAUAGGAUUAAAGAUUAUCCUCAUCAAGACAGGGUCAUAGUUCACGAUACUGCGAUUUUGGGACGACCAGAUGUGUCGAAAAUGAGCGUGGAAGCUUCCAAGAAGUUUGGAGCUCAAGUUGUAAUUGUCACAAGCAAUCCUGAAGGAAGUCGUGAUGUUGUUAAUGCGUGUAAGGCUUCUGGUGUUCCUGCUUUUGGUCCCAUUUGGGAUUCUUAGAUUACUACUACUUUUUAUCUUCUUCUUUUAUAUUUUCUGAUGAUUUAUUCUUUGUCCGCUAUUCAACAAUGAUGUAAAAAUUUGUUUUUCGUAAUAAGUUAAUGAGUUUUAUUUUUUAUUUUUGUGUGCAAAUAAUUUAAUGAGUUCAUAUUAA